CCUCGCGGCGCUCGCAGGUGCGGGACCCGCCAGCUCCCGCGGCAGGUGGCGCCGCCCGCGCCGCGCAGGGAGGGCGCCGGGCCCAGGAGCUUCAGUGAAAGGAGCUCUUCUGUCACUCGUCGCUUGCUCGCUCACUGGCUGGCUGUGGGAGGAGCCCGCCGGAGGAAGCCGUGUGCCUGGGAUGCCAAGAGCCGGAGAAUGGAUCUGCUUCCAGCGGGAGUGGGGGCAUUGCUGACGGUCCCGGCUUCCCGAGCCGGCUAAACAGGCGGUUUGUCUGGGCCAGCUGCAGACACCGGAGGCACAGGAGACGGAGACCCCGGCUGCCCGGAGAGACGGACAGGGGACGGAGGCUGGCAGGAACCUGAGGGAGCCAGCGCAAGGGGAACUAACUGCACACCCAAGUUGCCGUGGCUUUCCCUCCUGCGCUGAGGAAUGAGACCUUUCCAGCUCGACCUGCUCCUUGUGUGCUUCUUCCUCUUCAGCCAAGAGCUGGGCCUCCAGAAGAGAGGAUGCUGUCUGGUGCUGGGCUACAUGGCCAAGGACACGUUCCGGAGAAUGAGUGAAGGCCAAGUCUACUCCUUCAGCCAGCAGCCCCAGGACCAGGUGGUGGUGUCUGGACAGCCGGUGACACUGCUGUGUGCCAUCCCAGAAUACGAUGGCUUCGUUCUAUGGAUCAAAGACGGCUUGGCCCUGGGUGUGGGCAGGGACCUCUCAAGUUACCCGCAGUACCUGGUGGUUGGGAACCACCUGUCAGGGGAGCACCACCUGAAGAUCCUGCGUGCAGAGCUGCAGGACGACGCUGUGUACGAGUGCCAGGCCAUCCAGGCUGCCAUCCGCUCUCGCCCCGCGCGCCUCACGGUCCUGGUGCCGCCCGAUGACCCCAUCAUCCUGGGGGGGCCAGUGAUCAGCCUGCGGGCAGGGGACCCCCUCAACCUCACCUGCCAUGCAGACAACGCCAAGCCUGCGGCCUCCAUCAUCUGGCUGCGAAAGGGAGAAGUCAUCAACGGAGCCACCUACUCCAAGACACUGCUCCGGGAUGGCAAGCGAGAGAGCAUCGUCAGCACCCUCUUCCUUUCCCCCGGCGACGUGGAGAAUGGGCAAAGCAUCGUAUGCCGGGCGACCAACAAAGCCAUCCCUGGAGGGAAGGAGACCUCAGUCACCAUCGACAUCCAGCACCCCCCACUUGUCAACCUGUCAGUGGAACCGCAGCCAGUGCUAGAGGACAACGUCGUCACAUUCCACUGCUCUGCAAAGGCCAACCCAGCUGUCACCCAGUACAGGUGGGCCAAGCGGGGCCAGAUCAUCAGCGAGGCAUCUGGAGAAGUGUAUAGGACCACGGUGGACUACACAUACUUCUCAGAGCCUGUCUCCUGUGAGGUGACCAAUGCCCUGGGCAGCACCAACCUCAGCCGCACGGUUGACGUCUAUUUCGGGCCCCGGAUGACCACGGAGCCGCAAUCCCUGCUGGUGGACCUGGGCUCUGACGCUGUCUUCAGCUGCGCCUGGGUCGGCAACCCCUCCCUGACCAUCGUGUGGAUGAAGCGGGGCUCCGGAGUGGUCCUGAGCAACGAGAAGACCCUGACCCUUAAAUCCGUCCGCCAGGAGGAUGCCGGCAAGUACGUGUGCCGGGCUGUGGUGCCCCGCGUGGGAGCCGGGGAGCGAGAGGUGAUCCUGACUGUCAAUGGCCCCCCCAUCAUCUCCAGCACCCAGACCCAGCACGCCCUGCACGGCGAGAAAGGCCAGAUCAAGUGCUUCAUCCGGAGCACACCGCCGCCCGACCGCAUCGCCUGGUCCUGGAAGGAGAACGUGCUGGAGUCAGGGACAUCGGGGCGCUACACAGUGGAGACGAUCAGCACCGAGGAGGGCGUCAUCUCCACCCUGACCAUCAGCAACAUCGUGCGAGCCGACUUCCAGACCAUCUACAACUGCACCGCCUGGAACAGCUUUGGUUCUGACACGGAGAUCAUCCGGCUCAAGGAGCAAGGUUCGGAAAUGAAGUCGGGAGCCGGGCUGGAAGCAGAAGCCCUGGCUGCUGCCCUCCAGGUCAGCUGCCCCUGUGCUGGCCUCCCUCUGCUCCAGGCUGUCCCUGAUGCUCCGGCCUCCCAGCGUCAUCACCGGCUCGGCCCCACUUCCCGCCGUCCCGUGGAAGUGCCUCCCUACCCAGGCACCCAGCAGCAAGAGUCCGUGCCGAUGGCUGUCAUCAUCGGGGUGGCCGUAGGAGCUGGUGUGGCCUUCCUCGUCCUCAUGGCAACCAUCGUGGCCUUCUGCUGUGCCCGUUCCCAGAGAAGUACGGGAGGGAGACCCGGGAUCUCAGGGAGGGGGACAGAGAAAAAGGCCAGGCUUAGGCUGCCCCGGAGAGCAAAUCUCAAAGGUGUCGUGUCAGCCAAAAAUGAUAUCCGAGUGGAAAUCGUCCACAAGGAGCCUGCCUCUGGCCGGGAGGCUGAAGAGCGCCCUGCCAUCAAGCAGCUGAUGAUGGACCGGGGUGAAUUCCAACAAGACUCAGUACUGAAGCAGCUGGAAGUCCUCAAAGAAGAAGAAAAAGAGUUUCAGAACCUGAAGGACCCCACCAACGGCUACUACAGUGUCAACACCUUCAAAGAGCACCACUCCACCCCGACCAUCUCCCUCUCUGGCUGUCAGCCAGACCUGCGUCCUGCAGCCAAGCAGCGCGUGCCCACGGGCAUGUCCUUCACCAACAUCUACAGCACCCUGAGUGGCCAGGGCCGCCUCUACGACUACGGGCAGAGCUGUAACCAAGCACAAAUCCGGGUCCCAGCUGCAGUGCGCCAGAGGCAGGUGGAUGGGGACGCACAGAGGACGCAGCCGAGUUUGAGGGGCCUGGAGGUCAGGUCUUGAAGACGGCGAGAUGUACGUUCUUAGCUGACGGACACAAGGACAAUGAUCCUGUCUUCAGUAAGACUCCAUGAGCAAGAGAGAAAGUGUCCUGCACCUCACCCUCCUGUUCACCACCUGAGAAUAAAUGCUAGGGCUAUUACUCCAACAAGUCCAUUCUGCCCUUUUGUUCCUGCAGAGCCACAGGAAGAGCCUACGUGCUCAGGGUAUGCUUUGGGAACCCCAGGUGUUUGCCCUUCUUUGAUUCAGUUUUCCUAAACAAGGCAGGCAGUUGACAGCUCUGGUUGUGGUGGCAAUAACACCCACAGGCAGACUCCUCUCCUUUGUGGAUGGCCCAACCUAGAGGAUAUGCAAAAGAGGACUCACCAACCACCUGACUCACACCAAAUACAGCUCAGAGGCAAAGUGAUCAUACUGGACAUUGGCCAGGUCCUUCUAGACCUUUUCUGUCAGCAAUAUUCUGCAGGGAAAGUUCCCUUCACUAGAGGCUCAGAGGAGGAGUCCCUCUUGAAGGAGUCUAGACCACUAAGCAUCUAAUACUCUAACUUGAGACUCAGUGUUCUGAGAAUGGCUUUGCUGGGUGGCAGCUUGGUGUAGGCAUGGCAGACGGGUAGAUAAAUGGGCAAGUGAGAACACUAGUUCCAGGAUUCAAGUGGAACUUGGAAGAACCCAAACUGUCCCUCAGCUUGGAGUUUCCUCAUCAGUUGUAGACUUUUCUUCUCCAGUUUUUCCUGGUAGUACCUUACCCAUCAUGAAAACCUUUAUCACACACGUCUGUGCUUCUUUCUAGACACUGGUUCCUUGAGUGGGCCCAAGUCAGGUUGUAUACAUAGCCUUCAUAGCUCCUCCACUCAGAGGGAUUUUUUGCUUUGACCAUAUUUCUUAGUGCUUCAAAGUCCCCCAGUUCCCUGGAUAUCUUCCUUCACAGCCCCGAAGCCCAAGGGAGUAAACACUGAUCAGAAAUGUAGUUGUACAUCCUCAUCCCACAUCCUGCUCUCGGAACCACCUGGCCUGGCACAGGUGCCAGAAUGUCAGCCCCUGCCCUCUUUAGGUUAAUCGCAGCAAUGUUUCCCUCUUCCCAUAGAUGUUUUCCCUUUGCCAACAGGGAAAGAGGAUCAAAGACCAUAUGCAAAAUGCCUUGGCAUGCUAGAAUAAGAAAGAAGAUGACUUAAGAGGAUUUGUCCACUAAUUUCUCCUUGUCUUCCCCACCUUGGAGAGGGGACAGUCUACCUCUUAAUCCUCACCACAGCCUGCCUUGCUCCUUGUCCCUAUCUCUGUCCCCCCACCCACAGAGCUAAUAGGAUAAAGGUGCCCAUUCUUUCCUGGAACUCAAGGUUAUAACAGAACAACCAGAAGAAAAGGGAAGAAAUCUGCUCUCUUGUAGAACACAAUGAGCUUCCUCCUGUGCCCUGAGCACUCCCAGGGUAAGAAUAUGGACUAGCACAGAAGCUGAGCAGAGAGCGCCAGGACAGCUGGGCUAUACAGCGCCCAACCCUCUGGGCUCUCUCCAGUACACACAUACAGCAAAGAACCACUGAAGGGACAGGAGGCACAAGUGCAGUCUUUGUGAGAUAGAACAGCAUGGAGGGAAAAACCGAGGGGGAACUGGGGACUCUGGAACAUUGAGAAGGAGCCACACUGAGCUAUGUGCAUCUUUCAGCUGUCUCCAGCCCUAGUCCCUUCUCACAAAGGAGUAAGGAUGCAGAAAAGCUGGUAAAGGGAGCUCGUUUUUUUUUAAGAAAAAAAAAAGGCAGUGGGAAGCCCUGAAUUUCCCUUUAGGUGAUUGCACAUUAAAUAAAAUGAGUGCUGUACAUUAGUAAUCUUAUUUAAUCUUCACAAUUCUACAACGUAUCACCAUUUUACACAUGUGGGAAUUAGGCUUAAAGGCAGCACAAGACUUGCCCAAGAUCAAGACCUAACAAGUGGCAAACAUAAGAUUUAAAUGCACAUGAUUUCCACUACAAGACCCUAUAGUGCAAACUCAAGGCCACUCUCAUCCUAGAGUGUGGAUGGUCUGUGAGUGCCCACUCUGGGGCAGGCUGGGCAAGGAUGAGCCUCCACUCUGUUAGGAAGGGAGGACUGGCAUCCUGGGAAGACCACAGCUCAGCUCCCUGGGAGACAAAGCUAUGCUGUGCAUCCAAUCACCCCCACCCCUAGCAAGGCCAGGAUCCAAUUUUCUGAUAGCUUUAAACUUCAUUAUUGGCUCAGAGGCACUGGAUGGGAGCCCAGUUUCUAUUCUCAGGCCACUAUCAGUCUGCAAAGGCCAGGGUUAUUUCCACCACGUCUUCAACUUCCCUGCAAUAGGAAUUGUUCUCAUAUGAAGAGCUAAAAUGUCAUAUCAAAUCCGUUUCUGAUGAAGCCUAUUUAAACAAAUCCUCUUAAGCAAUAGGCCACGAAGCCGCCUUUACCUUUCCAGCACAGAAAGGACCCAGGAAACGAAAACAAUAUGAGGCAGUCCUUGGAGAUUUCUCAGAGCAGGAGA